UAAUAUUUGUCCGAUUCACAAAACGAAAAUUUACAAAAAAAUCAAAUUAUUUUUAAUAGAAAAGUCAAAUCUUUUUACCAUUAGUACUUAGAUAUCAAUAAAUAUUUUAAUUUAAAAUAAAAUUUUGAAUUUUUUCUUAAAUUCAUUAAUUUCUUAACAUUGUUUUACUUGAUGAGACAAAUAUUUUGAGACGAAAAACCAUAGGAUUCUCCUGUUUGCCUUAUUUAUUCAAUCACUUCACACUCUAAAACCGUUUCUCAGGAUCCAACUCUCAAAAACAGUCGAACACUCUGCAUCAUGGAGCUCUGUUCCGUAGCCCACCUCAAAUCCCAGCCCCUCUGGCUCCUCCUCCUCCUAACCCUCGGCUCCAUCUCCCUCCUCAAAUUCACCCUCUCUUUCCUCACCUGGGUCUACGUCAACUUCCUCCGACCCCCCAAAAACCUCAAGAAAUAUGGCUCGUGGGCCCUCGUAACCGGACCCACGGACGGCAUCGGCAAGGGCUUCGCCUUCCAACUGGCCCGCAAAGGCCUCAACCUGAUCCUAGUCGGCCGGAACCCGGAUAAACUAUCCGAGGUUUCGGAUUCGAUCCGGGCGAAAUUCGGGCAGACCCAGAUCAAGACCGUGGUGGUCGACUUCUCCGGCGACUUGAACGAAGGGGUGGAUAGGAUUGAAAAGGAGAUUGAAGGGUUGGAUGUCGGGGUUUUGGUUAAUAACGUGGGGAUAGCGUAUCCUUACGCGAGGUUUUUCCAUGAGGUGGACGAGAAGUUGCUGGCGGAUUUGGUUAAGAUCAACGUCGAGGGAACGACUAAGGUGACUCAGGCGGUUCUGCCCGGGAUGGUCAAGAGGAAGAGAGGCGCGAUUGUGAAUAUUGGGUCCGGCGCGGCUAUUGUUAUCCCUUCUGAUCCGUUGAAUGCUGUUUAUGCGGCCACCAAAGCAUACGUUGAUCAAUUCUCGAGGUGCCUUUAUGUGGAGUACAAGAAAAGCGGGAUCGAUGUGCAGUGUCAGGUGCCCUUGUAUGUGGCGACAAAGAUGGCAUCAAUCAAACGAUCCUCAUUCUUUGUUCCAUCAACUGACGGUUAUGCUCGAGCUGCCAUGCGGUGGAUAGGCUACGAACCGCGUUGCACUCCUUACUGGCCCCACUCUCUUCUGUGGGGAUUGGCAAACUCCUUGCCGGAGUCCAUUAUUGAUGCUUGGCGUCUCCGGUUCUGCCUUGCAAUUCGAAAGAGGGGUCAGCUCAAAGACUCUAGGAAGAAGGAAUAGAGACACCAUUCUUACUCUUUCUGGUUACCUUCUUGUAUCUCAUUUACUAUUUUCUUCAGACGGCCAAUGCGGAUUAGGAUAUGCCGUUGGAGGUUAGUUUGCUAUGUGAUUCCACUAGAAUUUGAGCUAUUGGACUUCAAACUUAUGUUGUCCUUCAUGUACUUUGUACCAAGUUCCAUUCAAUCUAGCUGCUUGCUUUUCUUA